UCUACUGGACAUUCCAAGCUUCUGCAGUGUGUUUUGCAGGAUAAAUUCUUCUCGACAUCGUCGCGAAAUGGUGGUACCAACCGAGUCAGAACAGGAGCAGAGCUCUGAAGCAGUGCAGACCGUGCUGAAGUCACUUGAUGAUCCAAAAACAGCUGGACUUAUCCUGGAAGAACAAGCAAAUGCUUUGAAGAGUAUUCUGGGAGAUGCCUCUGUGUUGAAACUAGUCAGGGCACAUGACAAACUUGAAGAGGGUCGUAAGCAAGUCGAGACCCCAAACACAGUACAGCUCGCAAUGGAGGUUACCACAGAACUUGAGCCACAAGUUGCAAAUGAUGACAGUGCCGCUGAGUUGUCUGGGUUAUUGCAGGAGCCCCAUUUCAUGGCAUUAUUGGAGGUUCAUGAUAACGUCGCAUUUAAGAAGUAUGCAUCACCACCGGCUUCUCCUGGAGUGAAUGACGAGGCUGGUACUAUGAAUGGCUUUGGUGGGCAGCCAAUCAGAAUGGUUGGCUUGCAUAAGCUGCCCAAGAAACCAUUGGGGAUGACAUUAGUUGUGGAAAAGGGAGAACUUGUUGUUGCAAGGAUCAUUCAUGGAGGGAUGAUUGAUAGACAAGGUCUUCUCCAUGUUGGAGACAGAAUUAAGGAAGUGAAUGGAAGAGAUAUGAGUGGAAAUCCAGAAGAACUUCAAGAUUUAUUGCGUGAAUCCACAGGAAAAAUCUUCCUCAAAGUUAUUCCAACUAACUUGGAGGCACCAGCAUUGAGUCAGGUAUUUGUUCGUGCUCAUUUUGACUACAACCCAGAAAAGGACACUAUGAUUCCUUGCAAAGAUGCUGGCUUGUCAUUCAAAAUUGGGGAUGUGCUACAGAUUGUUGAACAGGAGGAUCCCAACUGGUGGCAGGCUAAGAGGGCUGAUGGCUUGCAUGAAGCAGGGAUUAUUCCAAGCCAAAUCUGUGAGGAAAGGAGAAGAUCUUUUGUCAAAAAGGAGAGACCAGGAAGUGGAUUCUUGUGUGGUAGCAAAAAGAAGCAGAAGAUAAUGUACAAGUCUGCAAAAAAUGCUGAGUUCGACAAACAUGAAAUGACUAUUUAUGAAGAGGUUGCCAAAAUGCCACCUUUCCGCCGCAAGACUCUGGUCCUUGUUGGUGCUCAAGGUGUGGGUCGAAGAACGCUGAAAAACAGGAUCAUCCUGUCAGACAGGGCAAGAUUCAGUACCACAAUACCCCACACAACACGAGAACCAAAAGAAGGCGAAGAAAAUGGCAAAGGUUACAACUUUGUAAGCCGAGAAGAAAUGGAGCAAGACAUAAGAGCUGGAAAGUAUCUGGAACAUGGAGACUAUGAGGGGAACCUGUACGGAACUAAGGUGGACAGUAUUCGUGAAGUCAUGCGUUCUGGGAAAAUGUGUAUUCUGGAUGUUAACUCUACGGCUCUAAAGAUUCUGAAGACGCCAGAAUUUAUGCCGUUUGUCGUAUUUAUUGCGUCGCCACCUAUUGAGACCCUGAGAGAAAUUCAUAAACGAGCCACAUCAGAGGGAACCAUUACCAAGAAACAGACGGACGAAGAUCUUCAGAGGACAGCCGAGGAAUCAGAAAAGCUUUUCAACAGCUAUUCGCAUUAUUUUGAUAAAAUCAUUGUGAAUGACAACCUUGAUGAUGCCUUGUCUCAGCUCAAGGAUUGUAUCGAAGGGCUUAGCAGUGAGCCGCAAUGGGUCCCAGUCAGCUGGGUGUACUAAUUACACAUUUUUCCCACUCCCCCCCCCCGUUCCACUCCUCCCCCCUGAGGGGGAAUCCCAUAUAACGUAACAGGGGCGGCAGUCAAAAAUUUGACCCGAAAACCUUAAAGGUACAAGUUUGGAUCUGCUGUAAAUCUAUUUUAAUCCGUUUGUGGUGCAUGUUUCAAUCCCUGUGGUAUUUUAUGUCUGUGAUGAUACAGAUCACCCUCGUUAGUUUUGUACAGAUUCUCUCCCUUCCCCUCCCCGAGAUAUUUCAUUUACUCAAGGGACUUCAGUUCUAAUGAAAAAUGAGCGUAUUUGGAAAUCCAGCCUAUUCUGUGUCAGAAUGUUCGCUUUUUUUUUAUUAUUUUUUGCCUUUAUUGAUAUCAAGCUAGUUGUUUGUCUUUCUUACUUUUCGUAAUUAUUAUCCAACUUUAAAAACAUAGCAGAGGUAGUGAGUUGUUUGUCCUAGAGCCAGUAUUUCUUUGUGUAACUGCUGGACAUCUCGGUACUGACUGCACCACGUUGGUUCCAAAAGACUAAACAUGAUAACUUUGCAAAUCCCAGGUAGUUUGUUCAAAUGUGAAAAUAAAUUUAGGGGCUGUGACACGAUAGUUAAGAGUUUAUCGCGGCGAGCAAAAUUUCCUUCAAUUUGAAAGUAGCCAUAAAAUACUCUUGAGUUUGGUGAGUGGAAAAAAAUCAGCAAUAUGGGAAGAAUGCACCCGUCUGGGAACAAACAUUGAUGGAGGGAUUGUCGCAGACAGCAAUUUGAACUUGGAAAAUUUAUGCUGAAAUUUUUAAAGAUGCUGCAGAAACUUUGAUUUGGCUCCUGUCAAGAGUAUCUGGGGAUAUUUCUAUUUAAAAAAAUAAUUUUUAGACGUGUUCAGCUCUACGGCCAAUACUCUUAAAAAAUGUUCAAGUAUUUUGCGUGAAAUCUUUUAAAUGGUGGUUGAAGUAUCUUGCGAAGCAUUAGAGAAGUUAGGCAGAGAAGUUUUUGAGACGCGGAAGAAAACCGGAAGAAAAAAAAACUAAUGGGUUUCUUGCGCGCUUUGACGUCAAUGUAUCCGCCGCAAGGUUAAAUUGGUUUGUGCCGAGCAAAAUAGGUAUGGUGAGCGACAGGAAUGAGAACUUUUAACUUCUGGCUGCUGUCUGUGUCUCUAAAAUGUUUGUGCUUAGGCUCCCUUUUAAAUUGUUCAGUACGGAAUGGUGAUUCCAACCUGACGGCUAAGUAUUGAUAGCAUACAAAAAGCAUUUUCUGUGAGACGGAUCACCCUGGAAAAAUAGCCGUGGUGACAUUUAGUAGAGACGGAUUUAUUAGUAUAGAAGGAUAACUGGUGUUAUUACUCGCGAUGUUUUAGACUGUAGUGCUGUACCAUUUUCUAUUUCCAUUCAAGAAUAAAAUUUCAAUUUGUGCCUGAC